AUGGAUGAACUCAUGGGUUGUGACUUGCAUGGAAGCAGGGAAGCCGCUUUCACCUACGCCAUCACUGCUGCUGGGGUUGCGCAUGCCGUCACUGCUGCCUGCAGCCAGGGAAACCUAAGCAACUGUGGCUGUGACAGAGAGAAACAAGGUUAUUACAACCAAGAGGAAGGGUGGAAGUGGGGAGGCUGCUCCGCUGAUAUCAGAUACGGCAUUGAAUUCUCCAGGAGGUUUGUUGAUGCCAGAGAAAUCAGAAAGAGUGCUCGGAGGCUGAUGAACUUGCACAACAAUGAGGCUGGAAGAAAGGUGCUUGAAGAGAGAAUGAAACUGGAAUGCAAAUGCCACGGGGUUUCUGGUUCCUGCACAACCAAGACCUGUUGGACUACGCUCCCUAAAUUCAGAGAGAUUGGAUAUAUUUUGAAAGAAAAAUACAACGCCGCCGUGCAGGUGGAAGUGGUGAGAGCCAGCAGGCUUCGGCAGCCCACCUUUCUGAAGAUCAAGCAGAUCAGAAGUUACCAGAAACCAAUGGAAACAGAUCUGGUAUAUAUAGAUAAGUCACCCAACUACUGCGAAGAAGAUGCUUCCACGGGGAGCGUGGGGACACAGGGACGCCUCUGCAACCGCACCUCACCCAGCGCCGAUGGGUGUGACAUGAUGUGCUGUGGGAGGGGCUACAACACCCACCAGUACACCAAAGUCUGGCAGUGUAACUGCAAGUUCCACUGGUGCUGCUUUGUGAAAUGCAACACUUGUAGCGAGCGGACAGAGGUGUUCACUUGUAAAUAACAGCUCAUGUUCCUCCUUUUUAAAAGACACAGCCGCCACGUGUUAGAGUGGUACAAGACAACUACAGCAUCAUUUUGCACAUUUACUUUUCUUGGAGGAGGAGGCCAGUCUCUUUCCUGUUACUUCUUAAUAACACAUUCAAGAACGAUGCGUUAACUUGCUGACUAGCUGCUUUCACUACAUUGGAACCAGGGUCGAUGGGAUGAAUUGUACGGUGACUUUGUUCAGCGCAAGCAAGUUCCUCUGUGGUUCCCCCCACCCCCACCCCCGCAAGAAACCCUGCAGUCUGGGUUUUGUAGAGUUUUGCUCUUAGAUUAAAUUAUACGUAUCACAGUCCAAAGUUUUAUCUUAUUAAAAAACAAAUGAGGAAUUUAACUGUACCCAGAGAAACCUAAAAUCCCAGCGGUGUUGCUGAACAACUUUUAUUUCUAAGAAAAGAAAAGAAAGAAAAGCAGGUAAAGGGGAGCUGGCGAGACGAUGAUGUAAAAGAGGAGGGACUCGGGUGGAAGCUCAGCUAUUGACUUGUUUGUAAAACAAAGGUCAGGACAAAGGACAAAGCUCUGACAGCUGCAGGUGACACUGGAACCUUUUGAAUGGACAUUUGAAGAAAAAAAUAUUUUAUUUAUGUUUUUAAUAGCAUCAAAACAAAUUCUCUAAGCACUAACGGGUAGCUAUGUCUUUACUCUGUACUAAAUGUAAACUUACUGGAAUUCUAACUUUCUGAUUUUUAUUUCUGUUUUUAUUUUGUAUUUGGUUCUCCCUAUGUCUUCAAUGCUACUGAUUUCAUAGCACUCCACUGUUAGAAAGAGUUCUGUGACAGUACACAUCAAACAUGGCCUAAGAGCACAAGAGCACAAGUGGUUUAAAAUGCUAGGAACGUGGUUGCUAUAGAUAACCCAGAAUUCAGAAGGGGAGCAGCAGUUUCAUCCCUGUACAAACCAAGGCAGCCAAGCUUGUAUACUGUCACUGCUUCCUCAUUUACCUUUUAUUGGUUGCAGCACUUUUUCAUGUGUCCACCCCGUGCUGCGGCUGGAACAGUUAAGGGUCACCACCACGGGGAUCCAGAAAACUGCGUAGCACUUGACAUGAAAGCAUCAUUCCCAAGCUUAGCUGGGUAAUGGUUUCACAUUAAGGAGCCAUCGAGUAAACAAAUAUUAGUGCAGUUCAGCAUUGGGGAUGACAAUUUUGUAUUAAGGUCCCACUGCCCACAUAGUGGCACACUUUUAGGUAUCACAGCCACCCAGUGGGAUGAACCCACGGGAGAAGCUGCCAUGUUUAAAUGUUACUUAAUGAUGCACUGGCUUACCUGGGUGAAGGAAGGCCUCCUGUGCCUGACUGCCACACUCUUAACUUGUGCAACAGAGAAAGUCCUUUGGGAUACUCCUACAUGCAGAGGGUUAAAUCAGAUGGCCCCUCUUCAGAGGUUUCUGAUUCUCCAUGUGAUGAGGGCGAGUGAGGCUCCUGAGUGCUCUAGCUCUAUUCUCAUAAUCUUCCCCACUGUUGAGCUGGAGGGUUGACUUCUGCAGUGGUGAGACUUCUCUACUUCUCUUGGCUGUCCAUGAUCUCCCAGGGUUCUAAAUCACAUGUGGAACCUUCUCAGAUACAGCAGACUCCUUACUGUAGAUGUAUGCUUCUAACUCAUGGAGCAAAGAGAUUACAGGAGAGAGUCAGCACAGUCUCUCCCACUCUUCCUCUUUUGAUGAGGAAUUAGGACAUCCAAACAGGGCUGCUAUUCCCACCCUUUAUUUUGUGGGUUAUGGCUCACAGUUUCAGCCUCUUCAGGCAUAGACAACCUAAAGUACUCACUCUAUUAAGAGGAUAAUGGCAGAGGGAACCCUGAACCCAUUUCAUGGGAAGAGGAUCUUUAUAAGUCUCUGAACAUUAGCUGAAUGUAUGAACUAUCUUCACUGAAUCGAAAGGAUGUUGUCUGAGGUGAUGAUAAACAAGGUUCUGUCUGUGUGACCUUUGCACCACCACUGGCCAUGGUUCUUUCCAUUCCUCCCAGCAGUUGCAAUGAUUGUGGAUUGGAUGUCACCAAUGUGACAAGGAAGUGGGUGGAAAUUUUUGCUGCAGGAAUCCCAGUCCCAUUGGCAAAUAUAAAGUCUAUGCCACCAUUUAUUCUCACAUGCAGUUUGCCACUCAAUGCUGUAGUCCAUCUUGUGGUCCAUCAAGUUCCCUCUGCUCAGUCCCACUGCCUUGCCGCAGAGGACAUCCGUGGGAGCUGUUGUCUAGUGGGCAAAGGCUGAAGGGAGACACCAGGAAAGCAUGGGGCAGGAAAUGUCACUUGAAAAUUCUGGCAACAGAGGGACACUGUACCAUUUCUGUGAAUGUGGGGUGGUUUAUUAUUAUUAUUAAUAUUAUUAUUAUUGUGAGAAUCUUUUGCAAGGAAGGCGCUUUGAAAGCCUCUUGGGGCUAUAAAGUAUUCUAAAUAUAAAUAAAUAAGUAAAUAAGUAAA